AUGCAGGGCGGGCAAAGAGAGCGACCUUCAAAGGCCGACACCCGAGGACGCAAGAACAGCCGCCGGCCAGGUUCUGAGGUCACGCAUGACAAGGGCCCCGAAAGGACACAUGCACGUGCGCGCGUCAUUGAGGGCGCGACUUGUCAUGCUGCGGACACCCCCAUGAUGGCUGCAUGUAGAGGGGCCAGCAUGGAACAAAGGCUGUUGGUCCUUAAAUACGACGCCGCAAAUAGAAGGCGCACUCUGUUGCCGAGACGCGCUACCGACGACCCAACAUUCUGCUGCUGGGGACACAAGACAAGCUGCCGAGACGACACCGACGACAGAAGACACAUUGCUGACGGACACACAGAAGACAACGCUGAUGCACAACCAGAACUAGGAACAAUAAAGUACUAUCCACUUCUCAAGACGCGAAUUGCCGAA